AUGGGCCCUGGGUUGGGGUCAGCCUGGCUCUUGGGGGACCUCUCCCGCCUGCUCCAGACUUUGCUUCUGUUGGGCUUGCUCCUGCUGCUGCUGAAGGGGGCCCAGCUGUACUGGCAAAGGCAGAGGCUGCUUAGAAUCUUCCAGAGCUUUCCAGGCCCUCCUUCCCACUGGCUCUACGGGCACCUCCUGGAGUAUCAGAAGGCAGAAGAAUUAAAGGUGACAGUAUCUUGGGCAUGUAAAUUCCCUUGUGCCUUUCCCCAGUGGUUCUCCGGGUUUAUGGCAUUUCUCCAAAUCUAUGACCCUGACUACAUGAGAGUUCUGCCGGGCAGAUCAGAUCCAAAAGCUAAUUUACUCUACAGAUUCUUGGUCCCCUGGAUCGGGGAAGGGCUACUGAACCUAAAUGGGCCAGUCUGGUUCCAGCAUCGGUGACUUCUUACACCUGCUUUCCAUCAUGACAUCCUGAAGCCUUACGUGGCACUAAUGGCUGACUCUGUCCGAGUGAUGCUGAAUAAAUGGGAGAAGCUCAUUGCCCAGAGCUCAAGCUUGGAGAUCUUUGAGGACGUCAGCCUGAUGGCUCUGGACACCCUCAUGAAAUGUGCCUUUAGCCAUGAGAGCAACUGCCAGACAGAGAGAAAUGCUAACUACUACAUCCAGGCCGUGUGGGAACAGGGAGCCUUGAUAGUCGCUCGAAUUCAGUAUGCCCUCUAUCACAACGACCUCAUCUACUGGUGCAGUCCUCAGGGCUACCAGGCUUGCCAGUCUGCUCGCUGGGCCCAUGAGCACACAGACAAGGUGAUUAGGAAGAGGAAGGAGUACCUUCAGCAGGAAGGAGGCUUGGAGGCAGUCUUGAAGAAACGACACUUGGAUUUCCUGGACAUCCUGCUCUGUGCCAAGACAGAGAAUGGGGACAGCUUGUCGGACAAGUGGCUGAGGGCUGAGGUGGACACGUUCAUGUUGGAGGGUCAUGAUACCACCGCCAGUGGCAUCUCCUGGCUUUUCUAUGCCCUGGCCACGAAUCCUGAGCACCAGCAGAAAUGCCGGGAGGAGAUCAGGGGCAUCUUGGGAGAUGGGACGUCCAUCACUUGGGAGCACCUGAGUCAGAUGCCAUAUACCACCAUGUGCAUUAAGGAGUCCCUCUGCCUCUCUCCUCCAGUAUCAGAAGUCUCCAGGGAGCUCAGCAAGCCCCUCACCUUUCCCCAGGGCUGCUCCUUACCCGCAGGAACCUUUGUCACUAUCAACAUACAUGCCCUUCACCGCAAUCCCAGCAUGUGGCCAGAGAGCAAAGUGUUUGAUCCUCUCCGAUUCUCCCCAGAGAACUCUGCCUUCAGGCACACCCAUGCCUUCCUUCCCUUUUCUGCUGGUUCCAGGAACUGCAUCGGGCAGCAGUUUGCCAUGGUUGAGAUGAAGGUGGUCGUGGCUCUGACCUUGCUCCACUUCCACCUGGCACCUGAUGACACUCGGCCUCCAGAGUUCUCCUGCAGGGUCGUCCUCAAGUCCAAGAAUGGGAUCCACCUGAAGCCGAAGAGGCUGUGAGGAUGCCACCCUGAAGGAGGAAGAUGGCGGUCCUUCUCCCCCAACCCUAUCCUCACUCCCCCUUCUCCCCUCCCCCUCCCCUUUCCCCACCCGUGACCCAGCCAGCCAGCCCUGCCCAGGCUCAGCCUUUGUCUACCUGUCCUGCAUCCCCCAUCUUCCUCUGU